AUUACAUUGUAUCCUUGACUUUUGCAGGAGGAGCCAUUAGUCUACUUGCCUUAAAUGGACUCUUCUAUCUUAUUCUUCAUCAUAACCUAGAAUACCCAGACUUUUACAAAAAGCUUUACAGUUUACUGGACCCGUCUGUGUUGCAUGUGAAGUACCGAGCACGAUUCUUCCACCUGCUUGAUUUGUUCUUGUCUUCAAGCCAUUUGCCAGCAUAUCUUGUGGCAGCAUUUAGCAAGCGUUUAUCUCGCCUGUCAUUAAACUCACCCCCUCAGGCCCUGCUGAUGCUUAUUCCGUUCAUCUGUAACCUGAUCCGUCGGCAUCCAUCUUGCAAGCUUCUUAUUCACAGGCCUAAUGAAACUCAAGAUCUUUCUGCUGACCCAUACAUAAUGGAGGAGGAAGAUCCUGCAAAGUGCCGAGCCAUGGAGAGUUCUUUGUGGGAACUCCAGACUCUGCAGUAUCAUUACCAUCCCGAUGUUGCCAAUGAAGCAGCUACAAUAAACAAAGCUUUGUCCAGCCAAGAGUCUGACCUGUCCACACUCCUUGACCUUUCUGUUUCAGAGCUUUUUGAAAAAGAACCAAACAAGAAGGUGAAAUCAGUUCCCUUGGAAUUUGAGCUGGCUGAAGGAUUACUGGGAAAGAGGAAUGAUCUGGUCAGGCACCAUUGGACUUUGGAAUAACAGUUGCUACAGAGUGCAACAUACCUCAUUGCCUACGAGUAUGCAGCAGAUUUAUCUGUUUUCUAUGUGGUUUUCAAACUCCGUUCCCAUGCUGUGAUAAUCAUUACAGUUAUAAAUUAAAGGACUUGGUAAUGAA